AAAAAAAGAAAAAGAAAAAGAAAAAACCAGAUCGAAGAAGAAGAAAAAAAAAAAAAAAAAGGAAAUUAAGAAAGAAAAUAGAAAAAGGGAACCGUCUCUCACGUCGUCACCAGUUGUUGUUAGCCUCGAGCAGGUCAAAACCACCACCCACCACCCACAGCCACCACCAGAAAAUCAAAAAAACUUCAUCAUUACAAAAAAUCCUUUUUCCGCUGGUUUUUAAUCUUACCUUUUUCUUUACCUUGAAAAUUAAUGCUUUACAAUCAUCUGAUCGAAGUCAAUUAUCGUCAGCACUGGGUGCCGGAGAGGGGGGAGGGCGGUGGUAACGGCGGUGGAGGAGGAGGAGAAGCUGGCCGGAAGGGCCGCAAUAGUCAAGAACUAUAGUUUUUUACUUCAAUUUCCCGUGGUUCCGGUUAUCAUCCUUGGUGUUUGAUUUCUAUUUUCCGGUGACUUGCGAAAGAUUUUUGCGGUUGAUUUGCGUAUAUUAUGAGGAAAGGCUCGAAUACCGUGAACAGCAAUCUUGGUAAUAAAGUUCAUGGAAAUCAUCAUAAGAAUGGGACUACAACUAGGAGCAAUGGAUUUGUGCCUAAUUCUCUCAAGUUCAUAUCUUCUUGUAUCAAGACCGUGUCCUCAAAUGUGAAGUCUGCUGGUGCCUCCGUUGCUGGUUCCAUCUCGGGUGACUCCGCCGAUGAUCUUCAUAAAGACCAGGUUUUAUGGGCAUCCUUCGAUAGGAUAGAAAUUGGUGGUUCAGUUAGACGUGUUCUCCUCAUUGGUUACUCCAAUGGGUUUCAAGUUCUUGAUGUCAGUAACGGAUCUAAUGUCUCUGAAUUAGUCUCAAGGCGCGAUGAUCCGGUUACAUUUUUAUUGAUUCAGCCAACACCUGCAAAGAACGAUUCCCGUGAAGGGUACCGUGCCUUACAUCCCAUGCUCUUGGUUGUUGCAAGUGAUGAGGCCAGUUAUUCAGGUCCCCUGCAAAAUGGGAGAGAUGGUUUUGUCGAGCCUCAGUCUGGGAAGUUUUUGAAUCCCACAGCUGUCCGCUUUUAUUCCUUGCAGUCGCACAACUAUAUCCAAGUUUUACGAUUUCGAUCUACUGUAUACAUGGUUAGAUGCAGUCCGCAAGUUGUUGCUGUGGGUCUUGCCGCACAGAUAUAUUGCUUUGAUGCACUCACUCUAGAGAAUAAGUUUAGUGUGCUUACUUAUCCAGUUCCUCAGUUGGGAGGCCAGGGCUUUACUGGUGUAAAUAUUGGGUAUGGUCCGAUGGCUGUGGGCCCCAGGUGGUUAGCUUAUGCUUCAAAUAAUCCAUUGAUUUCUAAUAUGGGGCGAUUAAGUCCGCAAAGUCUGAGUCCCUCUCCUGGUGUGAGCCCUUCUACAUCACCCAGUAGUGGAAAUCUGGUUGCUCGUUAUGCCAUGGAGUCAAGUAAACAAUUGGCUUCUGGACUAAUUAAUCUUGGAGAUAUGGGCUACAAAACAUUUUCAAAAUAUUGUCAUGACUUCAUUCCUGAUGGUUCAACUUCACCAAUGUCACCGAAUUCACACUGGAAAAGUGGAAGAUCUGCUGUACAUUCUUCUGAGUCUGAUGCUGCUGGCAUGGUUAUAAUAAAGGAUUUUGUGUCACGAACUGUCAUUUCACAGUUUAGAGCCCAUAGCAGCCCAAUAUCUGCUCUCUGUUUUGAUCUAAGUGGGACUUUACUGGUGACUGCAUCCAUACAUGGCAACAAUAUAAACAUUUUCCGUAUCCUUCCUUCUAGAUUGCAGAAUGGGGGAAGUGGCGAUAACUACGAUUGGAGUUCUUCUCAUGUGCAUCUGUACAAGCUCCAUCGCGGCAUGACUUCAGCUGUGAUUCAAGACAUUUGCUUUAGUCACUAUAGUCAGUGGGUGGCGAUUGUGUCAUCCAAGGGAACUUGCCAUGUUUUCGUGCUUUCGCCUUUCGGUGGGGAGACUGGCCUUCAGUUACAAAGUUAUCAUGCUGAUGGUCCUACACUCUCUCCCAUGCUAUCAGUGCCCUGGUGGUCUACCUCAUCAUUUCUACUCAACCAGCAGGCGUCCACACCACCUCCAGCUCUGCUCACUCUCUCCGUAGUUUGCAGGAUCAAAACUGGAAAUUGGCUGAAUACAGUAAGCCAUGCUGCUUCUUCAGCAGCCGGAAAGGUUUCUCCACCCUCGGGGGUUAUUGCUGCUGUGUUUCAUAAUUCUGUGCAUCAAAAUGUACAAUCCACUUCCUCUAAUGCGAAGGCUAUUGAGCACCUAAUGGCUUAUUCACCUUCAGGACACCUGGUCCAAUAUGAGCUUGUGUCGUCCCUCGGGGGAAACCAGAAUGAGUCUCCUCUUAGAAACGGUACAAGUACAAUGGUACAGAUACAGGAAGAUGAUUUGGUUGUGAAGGCUGAGCCUGUCCAGCGAUGGGAUGUUUGUCGCAGAGCAGAUUGGCCAGAGAAAGAGGAUUAUAUUCAGGGAGUUACUCUUGGUGGUCAGGAAGCUGAGGAGGCAGCUAGAGGCACUAAUGUCUCUGAAGAUAGUAAUGUUGUGGAGAAGGAUGGCGUAAAGUCACAUGAGCGAUCUCAUUGGUAUCUAUCCAAUGCUGAGGUGCAGUUGAGGUCUGGGAGGAUACCAAUAUGGCAAAAGUCGAAGAUAUACUUCUAUGCAAUGAGCCAUCAUGGAUAUGGAGAGCAAAAUUUUGUUGAUGAAGACAUCAAUGGGGAGAUUGAGAUCGAGAAGAUUCCUUCUAACGAGGUUGAAAUUAAACGUCGAGAGCUACUGCCUGUAUUUGAUCAGUUUCGUGGAGUCCAACCUGACUGGACUGACAACAGGUAACGAAAAGGAUGACCUUAUGGUUUUUGACAUCUAUGUAGCAAAGUUCACCUCUGAAAGUAUCUUCAUUUGGGUCUGUAUGGAGUUGUAAAUAUUCUGUGUACUAAUUUCAUUACGAGGGGAUCAUAUUAAUGCAAGAUCUUUGUGGUUGUUUUAGCUAUGGCUGUAGACAACUCAGCAUGGUACUUAUAACAUAGGAAUUGAAGACCUUUAUAAACAAGACAAUUAUGCUUCACUUUCUGUUCUAUAUUUUCCUGAGAAAGAAAACCACCGAAGAAGGGAAAGGAGAAGGAAGAAUAAAAUAAAGAUCAUAUAUGUAUUGAUUUUCAAUCAUGUUAGACACUUUGACUGUCA